AGCAUUUUAGCCAGGUAGUCUAGGACAACAAAAAAUAAAAGCGUGUUUUGUAUGACAGUCAUAGACCGUUUCGGCAACAUGAAUGAGAGGAGGAUGGCAUUGGCAUUUCUCUACAAGUAGUACCGGCCGGUUGGGCUAACAUGGAGACAUCGGGGAGAAUAGCAACCACGCCAGACGCCCUCGACUUCACAGUGGAAAACGUGGAGAAGGGGCUCCACCAGUUGUACUAUGACCCUAACAUUGAGAAUAAGAACCUGGCCCAGAAGUGGUUGAUGCAGGCUCAGGUCUCCCCUCAGGCCUGGCAGUUCUGCUGGGCUCUGCUCAGCCCUGACAAGGUUCCUGAAAUCCAGUACUUUGGGGCUAGUGCCCUCCACACUAAGAUAUCCCGCUACUGGUCUGAUAUCCCUUCUGACCAGUAUGAGACCCUGAAGACUCAACUCUUCUCCCAGAUAGCCUGCUUCUCCUCUGGAUCCAAGAUGGUGCUAACGCGUCUGUGUGUGGCGCUGGCCUCCUUGGCCCUGAACACCAUGCCAGAGGUGUGGCCGGGCGCCGUGCCAGAAAUGGUGCGUGUGUUCCAAGAGGAGGGAGGGGGGGUGGAUGGCCGGGCCAGAUGUCUGGCCCUGCUGGAGCUUCUGACCGUCCUGCCUGAAGAGUUCCAGACCAGCCGCAUGCCGCAGUACCGCAAGGGACAGGUGCGAGGUGCUCUGGGUCGUGAGUGGGGGUCAGUGUGUCCACUGCUGCAGCAGCUGCUGCGUCAAGGGGACAGUCCCGGGGCAGUGAAGGCUCGUGUCCUGCGCUGUCUGUCCUCCUGGGUGCUGCUGGACGUCCCUCUCAGUGAGAGUGAAGGACUGGUGGAGGACUGUUUCACUGCUCUACCAGACCCCGAGCUGUUUGAUACCGCCGUGGAAGCUAUUGUCAACGCCAUAUCACAACCCGACUCCCAGAGAUAUGUGAACACGCUACUGAAGCUGGUGCCACAGGUCUUGUCCCUGCAGGAACAACUAAGAGAGGCCGUCCAGAACGGAGACAUGGAGACGUCACACGGAAUCUGUCGCAUCGCUGUCGCGCUGGGCGAAAACCACUCCAGGGCUCUGCUGGAGCAGGUAGCGCAUUGGCAGGGCUUUCUCGCAUUGGUCAACAUGAUCAUGUUCUGCACUGGGAUACCAGGACACUAUCCAGUCAACGAGACGACCAGCUCCCUCACACUCACCUUCUGGUACACACUACAGGAUGACAUCAUGUCGUUUGACUGUGAGAGACAGGCGGUGUAUCUGCAGGUUUAUAGACCUGUGUAUUUCCAGUUGGUGGAUGUUCUGCUGCAUAAAGCCCAGUUCCCCUCUGACCAGGAGUACGCAUCAUGGUCCUCAGAUGAGAAGGAGCAGUUCAGGAUUUACAGGGUGGAUAUCUCAGACACUCUGAUGUAUGUGUAUGAGAUGCUAGGAGCUGAGCUGCUCAGUAACCUGUAUGAGAAACUAGGACGAAUAUUGACCAACACAGAACAAGCCUCGUCAUGGCAGCAUACAGAAGCAUUGCUGUAUGGGUUCCAGUCUAUAGCGGAGACGAUAGAUGUCAACUACUCUGAUGUCAUCCCAGGCCUGAUCGGACUCCUCCUCAGAAUCAACAUCAACAACGUCCAACUGGCCGACACCGUCAUGUUCACUAUCGGAGCUCUAGCAGAGUGGUUGGCGGACCACCCGGUGAUGUUGAGUAGUGUUUUACCUCUGGUACUCCAGGCCUUGGGGAACCCAGACCUCUCCAUCUCCUCAGUCUCCACACUCAAGAAGAUCUGCCGAGAGUGCAAAUAUGACCUGCCACCCUAUGCCUCCAAUAUAGUGGCUGUAUCACGUGAGGUGCUGAGCAAACAGAUUCACAAGACCAGUCAGUGUAUGUGGCUGAUGCAGGCCUUGGGCUUCCUGCUGUCUGCUCUGCAUGUGGAGGAGAUACUGAGGAACCUGCACUCUCUCAUCACUCCCUACAUCCAACAACUUGAGAAACUAGCUGAUGAGACGCCCAACCCGUCCAAUAAACUAGCGAUAAUCCACAUUCUAGGUCUGCUGUCCAAUCUCUUCACUACGCUGGACAUUAGCAAACAGGAGGACGAAUCAGGAGAGAGCACUGCUCCCCCUGUCAAAACUGCCCCACUCCCACCAGGGCCUAACCCGGUGGUGGUGGUCCUACAGCAGGUCUUUGCUCUCAUUCAGACGGUCCUCAGCAAGUGGCUCAACGACUCUCAGGUGGUGGAGGCCGUGUGUGCUAUCUUUGAGAAGUCGGUGAAGACUCUCCUCCAUGACUUUGCCCCCAUGGUGUCUCAGCUCAGUGAGAUGCUAGGACAGAUGUACAGUACCAUACCACAGGCCUCAGCACUGGACCUCACACGACAGAUGGUCCAUAUAUUUGCCAGAGAGACGGACCACUUCCCUCCCAUCAAGGCUCUAUUUGAGCUGGUCACCUCAGUAACACUCUCCAUCUUCCAGCAAGGACCCAGGGAUCAUCCUGAUAUUGUUGAUUCAUUUAUGCAACUCCAAGCUCAGGCCCUCAAACGGAAGCCAGAUCUCUUCUUGUCUGAGAGUCUUGACGUGAAAGCUGUGUUCCAUUGUGGACUAUUGUCACUGAAAUUCCCUGAGGCUCCAACAGUCAAGUCUACCUGCUUGUUUUUUACGGAGUUGUUGCCCCGCUGCUCAGAUGUGCCCCCAGUGGCCAGAGUGGUGCAGGAGAACGGAAAACUACUGCUGCAGGCCGUACUAGAGGCAAUCGGUGGAGGUUCAUCUCGUAGUCUGAUGGAACAGUUUGCUGAGGUGCUGUUCAGUCUCAAUAAGCACUGUUUCCCUUUGCUCACCGUGUGGCUGAAAGAGGCGCUGCAGGCACAAGGCUUCCCCUCUACUAGGGUCACCACAGAACAGAAAGACACCUUCACCCAACAGAUACUCAGAGAGCGAGUGAAUAAGCGGAGGAUGAAGGACAUAGUGAAGGAGUUUACACUAGUCUGCAGAGGUCUUCACGGGACCGAGUAUGCUGCUGAAUACUGCCUCUGACCCCUGACCUUGCCAUGACCCCCAGGCAGGACGCCACAUUACUACAGUACCCAUAAACCCCUCAAAACUGGAGUUUCCAUUGGAUGAUAGAAACGAGACCCUCCCCCUAGAACAGAAAACAGCUCCCCAUAAAGGUCUGCCAAUGAUGGAGCUAUGUCACACCCCACAGCGGUUUGAGGAAGGUUGCUCAACACCCCCCAUUUCUGUGACUUCAAUUACAAGCAUGCCCUCUGUUUGUCUCGCUUUGACUUUUGGUUACGAUCUUCCAUGGCUCCAAGGCUGUUUCUCUGCUGUUUCCUGGUUGUUUAGCAUCUGAGACGAUAGUGGUACUGUACCUACCGUACGUAGCUAGCUAGUUGUCCUUUGUAUCUUUGGAAAGAACCAAAAUAAAUAUAUAUCUAAACAUAUAUAUAUAUAUAAACACACACACACAUAAAUACCUAAUGUAACGAAACACAGCAAGUCCUUCUGCUGCUAAACAGGAAGAGAGAGGGACCAAUGACAGGACAGCAUUCUGUGGAUAGACACAUUUUCAGCAUAAUGUAUAUCGUACAACACUGACUCGCGCACCCCCAUGCUCUUACGUUUGCCAAAAUUAUUGUGGAACGUCAUGUCAUGUGAACUAGUCUUUUAUUUUGUGUAUUUGAUAGUUGCCUUGAUGGGAAAAUUAUGAGGGGAUUGAUUGAAGAUUGAACCACUGACUAAGUAGAAGAUUAUAGACUCUGCUCUCCUGCACCUGCCAUACACACACACAGUCACACACACACACACACCCAGUCACUCACACACGGUCACAAAACUGUAGUUUCCUCAUGAAUCUAGAAUGUAUUUAGUUCAGGAGAGAGUGAUACAGAGGUAGGAGAGAUGAUGAAUGUUGGGAGGGGAUCGAUGGGGGUGUGUAGGAGAGGGGUAUGUUGUCCUAGCUGUGGACUACAGUCACUGUAAUCGUGCAACUCUAUUAAUCAUGUUGUGCGUAUUAACAGUCAUAUUACUGAACAUUUCCGUGCGUGUGUGUAUGGGCGCAUGUUUUUGCGUGCAGAUGUCUGCCUCCCCACUUAUUGAGUGCACUUAUAUCGGACCAACCCCCUUUUCACAUACCGCACCGCCCCCUUUAGAAACGGACCCCACCCUCCCAUUUGACACUCUUAGUCCUCCCAUACAUACAGCACAUGUCCCGAGUACUCUACUUCAAUGUUCUCCGCUUGCCACACAGACCAAAAUAAUACAACAGUCCACUAACCUCCACAUGGCCUGGAUUGACUGACCAGUCCUAACCAACGACUAGAUGAACUCAUCCAUAUGAUCUAUAAACCAGUAGAACAAACCGCACACCAUACUGCUCUUAACCGGUGCCUGUCAACCAGUGUCUUAUCAACCAACCGGUUGCCUGCCUAGACUGAAACCAGAGGGAGGGGGGUAGUCACUGAUGUCAGAAAGAUUAUUCAGGAAGUAUAUUUGCACUGGGCGCCAGAUGAAAUGGAACUCCUCUCAGUGAAUGGAAUUGAGACUGUCUGAAAUGAAACCAACGUGCACUACUUUGAGAAUAGAUGGAGAUCAGAAUAGGGUACCAUUUAAGAGGGAUGAAACGAUUGGUGCAGCCGGAUCCCUUGUUUAUUUCCUGGUUCCUUAUUACAUCAACUGGGUCCAUUCUCUCUUUCUGUCACUCUAGGUGCCUGCAGACAUGUAGCAUGUGUGUGUUUUUGUGGUAAGGGGGUGGGUGAUUGUGAAAUACUGUGAGUGUGACACUGUGAGAAAAUUCUCUGGGUCGUGGAUCCUCUUAACCAUUACUGACUGAAGAUGCAAGACUGACUUUAGAUCAGUGUCUAGUGUUGACUUCAUCCAGCGCCUAAGGGUACAGUCUGGGAAUAUGUUGUCACUGAGAGAGGAGAGGAGUGGGUGAGGGAAGGGGGGGAUAAAAUGUACAUUAUUUCUUUUUUGUACUUUGUUUUAAUUUAUUAAAUAUAUCUUAAGACGGCACUUCUGGUGUGCGAAUGUGUCCAUUAAACACUUUCAGGCACUUCCUACUGGCCACUAUGUUAGGUCUGUGUUUUAAUGUAAUGUAAAUAAAACAUCUGUUACCGUUGUAGGGCA